AUGAUAGAGAUGGCGGCGCAAAGUGUUGGGGCAGCCAUUGAAGAAGCUGUGAAGGCGGUCGAUGGAAGAGUGCCGUCGCACAUCCCGCUUGCAAAGAGCAAUCCACGCGAGUACUGGCGGAGGGUCAGGACUUUGUACCGAAGUUCUCUGGCUGUGAUUGUGGGCAACAUCCUGGAAUGGUAUGACUGGACCGUGUUUGGAUAUAUGCAGGACAUCUUGAAGGAUGUCUUUGUCUCUGGCAGCGGCCAGCAGGCAUGGCUCCUUUUCGCGGUGCCCUUCUUGGCGCGGCCAUUUGGCAGCCUGGUCUUUGGCUGGAUCGGCGACACAUGUGGUCGCGCAUUGUCGCUGCAACUGGCCAUUUGGGGCAUGGCUGUGGCAACAGCAUUGCAGGGCUGCCUAGUACCCUCACUUCCAGGAAUCACUUGGAUACUGGCCGCCCUGCGGCUUGUUACAGGCUUAUCCGCUGGCGGGGAGUCUGCCGGGGUAAACACCUACAUGUCCGAGUUUGGUGAGGAGGGACGGGAGCACACACUAGCAGCCGCCAUUGGCGUGAACAAUGUCAGUGGUUCCCUAGCCUUCUUCUUGGCCAACGCUGUGUCCUUGGCAGUGCAUCAGCUCCCUCGCGAGACUCAGCUGGCCUGGGGCUGGCGCAUCCCGUUUCUGCUGGCAGCGCCGCUGGGGGUCGUCUCUGUACUGCUGCGUCGUGGCAUCAAGGAAACGUCGCAGUUCCAACGGAAGCGCAACGAGGAUCUCUCAUGCCAAACGGCGGCCGGCAUCAUUCCAGACCUGCAGGACAGCUGCGGGGAGAGUUGCGACGACAGUCACGGGCGCAGCUCAGAGGACAGCAUUGAGGACUCUGAGCAGCAAAAGCCGCCCAGGCCCUCAGCCUCACUUCGCAGACUUCGCACCUUUGCCAGUCGUGCAGUUCUGGCUGCGUUGGUCUUGGCAGCAGUCACCAGCUGCAAUUAUCUUCCAAUCUACCUUGUGUCCUGGUUGGAAGAGGCCGGGCUCCAGCCCUCCGUGGCUUUGAGCAUUGCAGCCGCUGCAAAGGUGACCCAGGUCCUGGCAACGCUUCCAGUGUCUUUUGCAGCAGAUCGUGCAGGGACUGUCUCAGUCAUGAUGUGCGGUGGUGCAGCAACUGGCGUGUUCGCAGUGCCUUUCUUGUGGUUUGUAGGCGAGACCUCUCACUGGCCGGGCUAUAUCACUGCGUUCCUCGUGUUGGGCUUCCUGCUACCAGUUUUCAUCAGCAUCUACCUGGUGCCCUCGCCCCUUUUCAUGACUUCGCUAUUCCCGAUGGAGCAGCGGGGCCGCGGGGCCGGGCUCUGCCUGGGACUGGCAUCCGUGGUGGCCGGCCUGAUGCCAGCAGCGGCGUCUUCGCUCGCAAAGCACGGCUACCUCUGGCCAGGUGCUCUCAUCUCUUUCUUGAUUCUGCCCUCCCUGCUGCUCCUCGCCUGCGCGAAGCGAGCGGCGGCCCGCGGGCAUCUCACCGUCUUCCAGCGGCCCUGGCUGUUUUGA